AUGAAACAGAAAAAAUCAACCAGAAAAGCUAGUAGCAAUUUAACCCACAUCUAUUUGAACGAUAAAAAUAUUACUCAAAUCUCAAACAUCUAUCCAACCAAACGAAUCCAGGUGCUUUACCUGCACAACAACCAGAUAUCUCGGAUCGAAAAGCUCGGAGCUUUUACACAUUUGACUCACCUGUACCUGCAAUGGAACAACAUCCGGAAGAUCGAAAACUUAGACGGCCUAAAGAACCUGAAACAACUUUAUCUAGGUUAUAACAAAAUUACCCGAAUGGAAAAUUUGGAGAGCCUGAAAAAAUUGGAACAGGUUCACAUCGAACGACAACUGCUGGAUGGAUCCGCCCGUUUUGAGUUUGACGAGGAAUGCGUAAAGGCGUUGGCGAAUCACCUGAAAGUGCUGAACAUAAAAAAGUUACGGCUCACAGAAAUGUGUUCCUUAGAACCGCUGUGGAAAUUAGAAGUUUUACUGGCCUCCGAAAAUAAUUUCAAGUCUACAGAGGAUAUUACACCGGCCAUCAGUGCGCUAUAUUCGCUGCGCGUUCUAGAUCUUCAGGGUUGCCUGGCGCAAAAGGACGUUCACUAUCGGGAAAAAGUUACGGCCGCCGCGGGACACAAACUAUUGCUACUGGACGGUAAGACGAUAUCUCAAUCAACGCGUAAUUUCAUCAAAAACUUUCAAACAAUUAAACUGGAGAAAAAACGCCGUGCCGCGGCGAAUGGCGAAGAAAAAUCUGCCGGCAAGACGGGAAAUACAUCCAAAUUCUCGGUAGACAGCAGCAGCGGCAGUGAUUCGGUGGGUCAAGUCGGCGGUGGUGGUCAUCACUUUCCGGCAACCAAUUCGCUGUUUCAGCUGUCUUCCCGAAGACCUGCUCCGGUGCAACGAAUCCUGCGCAAGCCGGUGCUGCGUUCACCCAUACUGAUGAAAACGAUGUCCGCGCACUUUGGGGACGAUCGGCUCCAUUCGAGGGGAGAUUUUAUGGUUCGACUUGGAAGCAACGACUUCGGCAGCGGGGACGCCACGGCUGGUGUGAUGCUGCAAGGUAGGAUAAUGAAGGCCGAACUACCGGUGUUCAAGGAGAAAAUACGAACGCAACGGAAGGUGCAGUCGCUGCCGUCUAUUGACUAA